AUGGGUGUUUGCUCCAAGAAGAGGAGUCAGGCAUUUACACUGAAGAACUGUGCUUGGAGUUUGGCAGUAGCCAUUGAUGGAUUUCUAAAAACUGAUGAAAGACAACGACUGGCAAAGGAGAGAAGAGAAGAAAGGGAGAAAUACCUUGCUGCUAGGGAACAGCAGAUACUGGAGAAGGAGAGAAGAGCAAAGCUUCAAUAUGAAAAACAAAUUGAGGAACGCUGGAGAAGACUGGAGGAGCAGAGGCAGAGAGAAGAGCAGAAGAGAGCAGCUGUUGAAGAAAAACGGAGGCAAAAGCUUAAGGAGGAGGAGGAGCGUUUAGAAGCCAUGAUGCGUCGGUCCCUUGAACGCAGCCAGCAGCUGGAGCAGAAGCAGAAGCGGUGGUCGUGGGGAGGAGCACUGGCUGCAGGCUCGACAGGGAGAGAUGGUGAAUCAGAAAAUACCCCACCCCCUGUUCUAGGUUUAGCUGCCAACACCCUUCUUCCAGACCCUGUGACCUCUACUGCUCCUGCUGAUUCCUUCAAUGCAUGUGACAAACUUUCAGCCUCUACAAUGAAUCUGCCAAAGCAAAUGGAGUCGCCCAUCAGUAAGCGCCUCUCCUCCUCCACAGCGGCUAUAACACAUUCCCCCGACAGAGCACCAGCUAGUCCUCUUAGAUCUCCCUACAAGCCUUCCCCCACCCGAAGCACCGACAGGAAGAAGGUGACUUCACCCUCCACUUCCGAUGCCAUGAAAGGGGCAGCUGCUGCUGAAGUAACUCAGACUGAGAAGAUAAAGAAAGAGAAGCGACCUGCAACACCUGGUUCAUCUGGUAUGGGCUCUCCUCUGAGGAGGUCUGAUUCUCCUGCUGCAGUGUCUAGAAGAUCUGCAUCACCUGCAACACCUAAGACAGUUGCAAAGACUUAUCCUCAGUCUCCUAAAAAUGCCAAGCAAUAUCCAGCUUCUCCUGUGAAGCAUCGUGCCACUUCUAAUCUCAAUCAGGAAACUCCUAAAAAGAAAGCAGACAAGGAGAAAGAAAAUGUCAGUCAUCAAAAAUCCCCAGGAGCACACACUGAUGAGGCAAGCCAGGUGGCUUCCGAGAAGCACGUGCCUUCUGCAGGAAAGACUGAGAAUAGUGAAGGAAAGAUGACGGCAGGAACAACUGAUGCAGAAGAAGCUUCAAAAAUUCUAGCUGAAAAAAGACGACAGGCCCGCCUGCAAAAAGAACAAGAAGAAAGGGAGCGACAGGAAAGAGAAGAACGCGAGAGGCUUGAAAGAGAAGAACAGAAAAGAAAGGCAGAAGAGGAAAGACUUCGUCUAGAGGAAAAGGCUCGUAAGAAGGAGGAGGAAAGAAAACGUGAAGAAGAAGCAGCUAGGAAAAAGGCAGAAGAGGAAGCCAGGAGGAGAGCUGAGGAAGAACAAAUGCUAAAGGAAAAGCAAGAAAAAGAGCUCCAGGCCAAACUUGAGAAACAGAGAGAAGAAGCAGAAAUCAAAGCUCGUGAGGCAGCUGAACAACUUCGCCUUGAAAGGGAACAAAUCAUGCAGCAAAUUGAGCAAGAAAGACUGGAGCGGAAGAAGAGAAUAGAAGAAAUAAUGAAGAGAACGAGGAGGAGUGAAACACCAGAAAUAAAGAAAGAAGAGCCAAAACUAGAGGUACCAACCACUCUCAAUGUGGAAAAGCAACCAAAGUCCCUCAUUCUCAACCAGCCAGAGAUCAAUGGAUUGACAACCUGCCUGAAAAAUAAAAGCUUAGAAAGUGAUUCCACUGUAAUCCCUUCCCAAGAUGUAGUUGCUAAUGGACUGAAGUCAGUUCCAGGACUUAUUCAGCUGGAAGCUGUUGAUGGGAAAUCUAACAGCAUGGAAGAUUCAGCAGAUGAGGUUCAGUCUAUGGAUGUGAGCCCGGUUUCAAAAGAAGAACUUAUCUCUAUCCCUGAAUAUUCACCCAUGAAUGAACUCAUGCCCGGUGUUUCUUUGGACCAAAAUGGGACAAGCAAUGCCAAGGCUCUUGAAGAUCUCUUGGAUUUCACAGGCCAAGCUACAUAUUCUAAGACAUCCAGUGAUACCAUUAGUCUAGAUGACUGUAACAAAAACUUGAUUGAGGGAUUUAACAGUCCAGGACAGGAAAAUACACUUAAUUCUAUCUGUUGA